AUGUCGUCAUUAGACGAUGAUGACGAUAUCAUAUUCAUAGAAGAGACCUUCUGCUCAUCAACAACCCAGAGAAGGUCCCCGCUAAGGAUCCCUUCAGAUGCGCCUGGUCCCAGCAACAGUAUGCCAUUUUGUGAAGAAGGUGGGAGCGGUCCCGGUAAAAUCAUGAGGUUGGAUAGUUACGAGCGGCUCUUGAAUGUGGAGGAAUUAAUCAGCUCAAGGAAAUCGUUCGAGAACAGGAGGCCUUCUCCACUGAAAGUAUCGGAAGUGGAACUCUUGGAUAGUGAGUUUCAAGAAGUUCAGUGCGUUGAUGAGGAAAAGUACGACGAGCUUUCAGGGAAAAGGAAAAGGAAGGCACCGAAGAAGAAGGUUCUAACUGAAGCUCAACUUCAGAAGCAGGCGGAAAAGAGGCGUAAGGCAGUUGAGCGUGAAAUCAGUGCAUCAGUGAAGUCCAAGUGCGAACAGCACAUGUACUGCCAUGUCAGUCGAAGGAUUUUUGAUGAAUUUCGUGAGUUUUUUUCAUAG